GCCUCGAAACCAAAUGCAAGAAGAUGAAAAGGCGAAACCGUUCGGCGUUUUUAAAAACGUGACUUUGCGCUGCUUUUCGUUUACAAGCUCUAAUGAUCUAACGAAUGUGACGUUUAGCAGUUGGAACUGAAAUACUGUAAUGAGCAGGAGUUUUUGCUGAUUAAAGAGACGGACCUCGGUCCCGCAGUUUAUUCCGAUGUACCGCGCGAUCUCCUGAGUUCUGUCUCAUUCCUGGGUCUCUAUUUCACAGAAUUUUUUUUUAAUAAAAUGGAGUUUUCGGAGAGGAAACGGAGCAGGAAAUCGCAAAGCUUUAAACUGGUUAAUGAGGAAGAUUUCGAGGCCGAGUACUUCGACAGUGCCGAAACAACUGAUGUCAAUGGGGAAAUGAAAAGUGUAACCAUGCCUGAAGCCUGGCUAGGCGACGAGGGCAUGGAGAUCAAGCGCCAGAUCACUGGCAUGAUGAGGCUGCUGAACGACAAGGCCGGGCGCGUGUACCAGCGGGUGGGCCGGGAGGGCGAGACCCUGAAGCAGGAGCCCCAGGACCUGGAGCUGGGCUGGGCUCGGCCACCCGCCGCCACCGCCAACACCGCCCCCUCCCAGGAGGAACCGCAGCACAGCUCCUGGAGUCACGACACAGCGUUCAGGCCCCAGGCCCCCGGCCAGUACGGCACUCGCUCCAAGACCCUCAAGAUGCUCAACACGGCCAAGACCGUGGUCAAAAUCAACGACGUGGUCCCGCCCGCGGCCGGAGCGGCGGAGGCCAGCUGCUGCAUGUGCAACUGCAAGAGCACCCUCCAGGCCAUUCUGCAGGAGCUGCGCACCAUGAGGAAGCUGAUGCAGACGCAGAAAGGAGCUCAGGAAAAACAGCGUGCCCAGAGCAGCAUCAGCCCUGCCCGCUCUCCGGCCCCUAGGAAGAGACCCCGCAAGAGGAGAUCCGUCCACAAGGUGGCGCCGCUGGCUGCCCCCAGUAAGAGGGUCCCCGUCCCGGCCAGCCCGGCGCCCGACCCCAACGGGAGGAGGGAGCGGCCGUCCCGGGAGAGGCUGGUCCCCGCCCAGCCCAACACAACUGCCCAGCCGGCCCCACCCCCUCCGACAGAAGCCCAACCAGCUCACUACAGCCUGAUCAAGGAGCCACCCUCUACAGAGCCCGAGGUCCAGCUGGCCGAGGACUAUGACGUGUACAUCCCCAAGUCCCAGCUGGACUCCAUCCUGGUCAAUUACACGCGCUCCGGCAGCCUGCUCUUCAGGAAGCUGGUGUGCGCGUUCUUCGACGACGCCACGCUGGCCAACUCGCUCCCCAACGGCAAGAGGAAGAGGGGGCUGAACGACAACAGAAAGGGGCUGGACCAGAACAUCGUAGGGGCCAUAAAGGCCUUCACAGAGAAGUACUGCACUGCCAACCGCAUCGAGAGGCUCCCAGGACCCAGAGACUGGGUGCAGAUCCUGCAGGACCAGAUCAAGCUGGCCAGGAGACGGUUAAAAAGAGGUAAUUGGGCAGAGGCCGCAGACUGUGAUGACAAUUUCAACAGGACCUCCAUAAAAACAGAAGAUUUUCACUGCUCUGAAGAGGGGAGGGAAGGUGUAUUACCGACGACAGGCUGCGGCUUCGAGAAAACGGCCGAGAACAUGGACGCCGGCGGCGAGAAGGACGUCACGGCCUAAUGGCUGCCGGCCGCUGGGAGGUGUCGUGGUGUAGCACCCCUGACUUAACCAUGUGCCACUUUCUCUUUCCAUUCUGGGGAGCUUAGGUUUAUUUUACUGUGAGGCCGAUUCACUUCACCGCCGUUGAGAAACCCGCGCGUGAAAGUAUUAAGUUAGGUAAGGCUAGCUCGCUUUUGGGAAGUGUUCCGCAACAAGAUAAGCUCUGUAUGUGACCACCCCAU